UUUCUUUUUGCAUCAAGGUAAGACCAUGGAUAAAUAAGCUUUCUGUUCAUCUUAGUAGCUUUUGAAUAAUCAUCCGCCGAAACUGUCACGAAAAUCAUCCAAGUAGUCUCAAUGGCAUCCAACAAAAAAUCUGUCUCGAAAUCAUCACAGCUUCAAACACAAAUUAACCAGCUAAAUUUAUCAAACCUUCCCUCCCCCCCCAAAACGAUGGACUCCGAUGGUGACAAUAUUGAGGCAACGGAACCACCAAGCGAACUGCUCGAUCGUACUAAAUCCCCAAUCUAUAGCGCACUGUUCAAGUCAAAUCGCCAACAUCCCGAAAGCUUAUGGAGUGCGUUUGAAGUCGUCGAAGAAAAAGGGGCCGAUAUUCUGCACCUCGACGAUAGCACCAUCUCCCGUCAACCGUUCCCGUGUCCGGCUGGACGUUGUCGGCAGCCCUGCUGUUUGUUUAUGUUUGCCACGCACAUCACCUUCGACCAUAAGGAGGUGCUGGUGGAUACGGUGUGGCCCGGUGAACCAACGACGGUGCUGAUCGAUCCGUACACCGAAACCGCGGAACAGCCACGGUGUCAUAAGCUGUAUCUUGUUAGUGGAAAAAUAAGAGGUCUUGGUGAUGGAAAGCACCGUGAUAAGCUCCCGUUUGUGCUGAUGUCUGCCAAAUUCUCGCUGCAAGGCUCUAAUCGACUUUUGCUAUGGAUUACCGGACCGGAUGCGGGUGGUAGCCACCGGCAGCAUUACACCAUGGAGGCUGGCCGCAACGAUCCGAACAGACUGCUCCCGUACGCUGUUGCGUUCAGUGGAGAAAUCGUACCGCUGCACAAUUCACAGGAUGCUGCCCUGAUACAUCAUGCCGGGGUAGGACUAGUCAUACCGGAGCAGCAGAUCGAUUCGCUUACCGAAAGUCGCUCGAAACUUCUCGAAGUGUGCGUCCAUUUCUAUUGAUAACUUGGGUAUGCAAAUGAACCUCCUUUGCUCGGUCCAUCCUUAGGCGGGAGGACAUCAGAAAGAAAAAUAAACAAAAAUCACACCCAGCGAAAGAGGAGAGUGCUUGGAACGGCCUGGCAGUGCCUGAAUGUUAACGUUUGGAGAAUAAUUCAUCAGGAAACGCCCCCGUGUUGUUCUACGUUGACAUCGCGGACCAAGCCGGUCAGGCGAGCUAAUGGGUUUGGCGAAAGGUAACCAAACUCAAUUAGCAUUGAGUCGGUGAUUGGCACGAGUGGGGGGUUUGGUGCAUAAUUUUUGGUCAACCUUUGCCUGGCCAGCUGCGAACGAUUUAUAGCAAGAAAUGCAGCUCGCAAGCUUCAAGGAAAUCGAUCAAAAGUUUUACCGUAAAAUCGUUGCCUAAAACGUGACCCAUCGACAUCUCGGUUUCUUAUGAUCACAAGCGCAUGCAAAUUAAGGACGAUGAGGUGUGCCUGUUUGCUUCAACUGUGAAAGUGAAAUGUUUCCGGUCGGUCUGUCCUGUCGUUUGCAUUUGCCGUCCUCGGCAGGACCUGGACCUGUUAUAUAAGCUACGGAAUUCAUUUCUGCUUCAAGUACAAAUUCCAGCAAAAGGUGGGUUUUCCGUCGAUUGCAGCUUUAACCUUCCGUA